AUGUCCAAUUCCAACAUAAAGCAUCUCACCGGAGUUUUCCGAGCAACAGACAACCACAAAGUCACGCGCAACCGAAAGCCUGUCUCAUGUAUAGCGUGUCAGAAACGCAAGUCGAAAUGUGACCGCGGGAAGCCCUCUUGCGGUGCCUGCCACAAGCGUGGCGAUCCAAGAUUGUGUGUAUAUGGAGAUGCAAAUGGAUUCGCAGACAAGGAAGAGAUGCAACUCAAAAUGGCUCAACUUGAAGAAAUCGUGAUGCGUCUCGCCAAGGCUUCAGAAGCUUCAGAUGUCCGUCCCAGCAUUGCAAUGGCGGGGGAUACGAACUUGCCGUCUCCGCAGGUAGUUGAAGAAGGCUCUGAUGCUGCAUACCACGGUGAAACGUCUUGGGAGGCAGUGUUUAAGAGUAUUCACGAUAUUCAGAGUGUUCUUAGUACGCAAGACGAGCCCGAUCAUCACGGCGAGCCUGAGACUUUAUCCUCUGCGCCAGACAUUGCAAUGGGAGGAAUCUCGCCAAUCGCUAUGAGCGAGAUCAUCGACAGCGUCCCAUCUCGUCAAGAAGCCGAUAUUUUUGUCACAGCUUACUUCCAGGCCAAGUUCCUAGCUGUACCCUUCAUUCACGAGCGUCAUUUUUGGCGGCGUUAUGAACUUUUCUGGGCUUGCCCUCACAAUUCCAACUUCUUAUGGCUGAGUAUAAUGUUCUCUGUUCUCAGUCUCGGUACAAUGGUGUGCCAAAUCCAGCAACCACAUCUCCCGCUGCUUCAAGGGCCAGAUUUCUACAUGCAGCGUUCUGCUCGAUGUCUGGGCACGGGGGAGUAUCUCAAAGCUAGACCAUAUUCUGUCGAGGCACUCACACUGUAUGCUCAUGCGGUCAACGCCAGGAGAAAGGACUCGGAGGCUACUAUAUGGUCCCUCUAUUCACUCGCCGUUCGGCUUGCUCAGCGAAGAGGCUAUCACCUCGAUGCGGCGAGAGUGUCCCCAAAUAUCAAACCAUUUGAGGCUGAGAUGAGAAGGCGGACGUGGUUUACUGUACAGACUUCAGAUCUACUUUUCUCCUUCCAGCUCGGCAUGCCUCCUAUGGUUUAUCAGGAAGUCUGCGACGUUGGGCAUCCCCGAAAUUUAUCUGAUGAUGACUUUGACGAGGAUUCGGAAGUGCCCGAGUCUCGCCCCCCAACAUAUCCCACUCCCAUGUUGGCAUGGCAAACGAAAUCUCAUCUCUGCCGUUUACUACGCCGUGUUCUCCGGCAUGUUCUUCGAGUCGAGUCUCCGCCUUACGAGGAAACCAUGGCUCUCCAAGCUGAGUUGGAAGUAUACCACAACAGUGUCCCUGAAUGUUUGCGCGUUCGACCCAUCGCCACUACUCCAUUCGAUAUUCCGGCCUACACCAUUAUGCACAGAUUAAUCAUAGAAGUGUCAUAUCUCAAGACAAUCUGUGUCCUCCACCGACCUUACCUUACUGCCGAGAAGAACCAGGAAAUGUACAAAGCAUCUCGUGAACUCUGUCGAACUGCUGCUCUUCGGAUUAUCGAGAUUCAUCUCGAGUUUGAGCAUGAGAUUCAAGAAGGAGGCCGCAUGUAUGAGGACCGCUUCUUGCUAUCGAGCCUGACUCUGCAUGAUUUUCUCGUCGCGUCUAUGAUUUUAUGUCUGGACCUUCACGAGUCAACCGACAUAACGCCACAAAACCGAAGACAACGCACGCAGAUACUGGAAAACACCUGCAGGACAUGGGAAACUCGAGCGAGUCACUCCAAAGACGCACGAUACGGCGCAAGGGUUAUCCGGGCGAUUCUAAAUCACACCACGACACCAAGUCCAGCAUCUAAAGUGAAGACGGUGGGUAUGAUGAACACAGCAAACUCCCACAGCGAGUCGGCUUCAAGCAGUGAUAUCCAAGACUUUACGAUGGCAGACUUCAAUUACCCCACCGACUGCGAAGAAUUCUUCCCAUUGAACAGUUUCUUUGGCCCUAAUGAUGGCUCCGAAUGGGUCAGUACUGUUUUCUAUCGGUCAUCCCUGAGGCUGCAUACACGGUCGCAUACAGACAUGAACACCGAUGGAUUACUAUGGCAACCAGCCAAGCACAAGAGCUGGGUCAGAACGCGAAAUUGUUGUCAUCGCGAGUGGCCCAGGAACAGGUCGCAUCUUGCAGCCAUUGUUGAACGAAGGAUUUAUUGCAACGUCAUGUAA